UCCGUGUCGACCGGCUGACCCACUUGUCAAGCCAAACACUGCCGGUGUACGUGACACACACACACACACACACGCUGAGAAAAAUCUACACAAGAAAGAUCUGAGGACUGAGAUACUUCAUUGGAUUACCUGUUUCCUUCGCCGGGGGACACGCACUCAGAGAGGCAGUAUGGGCUGUAUGAAGUCCACGCUGAGCGAGGGUCUGAGCGGAGGUGUGGAGGGAAAAAUCAGCCAGCAGACUGUACGUACCGACCAAGCGCACUAUGUCAGAGACCCCACCUCCAAUACAAAAAAAAAACUAAAUAGCUCGCUGUUACCUGGUCAGGUGUUCCAAAAGUUGGAAGAGCAAAAGGUUGUUGGUAAAAUAGUGAUCAGCCUUUACUCGUAUGAAGCUGCUCAUCCGGAUGACCUGGGAUUCAAGAAGGGAGAAAAGAUGAAAGUCUUGGAAGAACAUGGUGAGUGGUGGAAAGCAAAGUCUUUGACAUCCAACAAAGAAGGAUUCAUCCCGUCCAAUUAUGUGGCCCAAGCUGACACCAUGGAAACAGAGGAAUGGUUUUUCAAGGACAUCACAAGGAAGGAUGCGGAGAGGCAGCUGUUGGCGCCGGCAAACAAACCAGGCUCUUAUCUCAUCAGGGAAAGUGAAACAUCAAAAGGGAGUUACUCAUUAUCCAUCAGAGACGUGGACGCAAAGGGGAUGGAGUCAGUCAAACAUUAUAAGAUCAGGAUGCUGGAUAACGGCGGCUUCUACAUCUCUCCUAAAAUCUCUUUCAGUGACAUCGGCAGCAUGAUCAAACACUAUCGCAACAAAGCUGAUGGCCUGUGCUGUAAACUGGACCGUCCAUGUGUGAAACCCAAAGCUCAGAAGCCAUGGGACAAAGAUGCCUGGGAGAUUUCCAAAGAGUCUAUUAAGAUGGUGAAGAAACUGGGAGCAGGGCAAUUUGGAGAAGUCUGGAUGGCGUACUACAACAACACAACCAAAGUGGCGGUGAAGACACUGAAGCCGGGCACCAUGACGGUUGAAGCCUUCAUGGAGGAAGCCAACGUCAUGAAGACGCUGCAGCACAACAGGCUGGUGCGGCUCUAUGCUGUGGUCACCAAGAUAGAACCCAUCUACAUCAUCACUGAAUAUAUGGCAAACGGGAGUUUGCUAGACUUCCUAAAGAGCGACGCCGGAUGCAAAGUGCAGCUACCGAAGCUCAUCGACUUCUCAGCGCAGAUCGCAGAGGGCAUGGCGUACAUAGAAAAGAAGAAUUAUAUCCACAGAGACCUGAGGGCAGCGAACGUCCUGGUGUCUGAGAGCCUGCUCUGUAAAAUAGCUGAUUUUGGCCUGGCAAGAGUGAUAGAGGACGACGAGUACUCCGCCAGAGAGGGAGCCAAAUUCCCCAUUAAGUGGACUGCUCCAGAGGCCAUUAACUACGGAACCUUCACCAUCAAAUCAGACAUGUGGUCCUUCGGAGUCCUGCUCUACGAGAUUAUCACCUACGGGAAAAUCCCCUAUCCAGGUAUGACUAAAGGGGAGGUGAUGUCCUCGGUGCAGCGCGGCUACAGGAUGCCUCAACCUGACAACUGUCCUGCUGAGCUGUACGAUAUCAUGAUGUCCUGCUGGAAGAACAGACCCGAAGACAGGCCCACGUUCGACUACAUGCAGAGCGUCCUGGAUGACUUCUACACAGCCACAGAGGGACAGUACCAGCAGCAACCAUAGGCAGAGGAAGCCUUCUGACACAUAAAGACAUUUCACAUUCACUCCUCAUAUAUGAUUAUAUUUUUAAUGCUUGUAUUUUUUGUAUAUAUGACUCAAUGGACAGUGUAUUAUAUUCAUAUUGGCUGUUUGCUGGUUAAAGGAAAAUAUACAGUUUGCAGGAUCCAGACUAUAUUGUGGCCACUGUGUGUAUAAAUACUAUGUUUUGUGCAGUUUUGUCCAUUUCUGAGCACAUUCAAAGGUACAUACGAGAUACAUUUUUGCACAAAAUUAUCAAAUGACAGAUGAAGAUUAUACACACAACUUUGUAAUUUUUUACGUUUUGACACUAUUCUUGUGAGCGUGCCUUUAAAUAUUACAGUUUAGUGUCUGAACAAACAUUAGGCGUUGUAUAGAAAGUUUGGAGAGGAAGGAAGUGCCUUUUUUCACACUGAGGAAACAAGUGCUCUAUUUAGCUUCAGAGUAUUUUUUUGGUGUUUCCUUAACUGACUGAGUUGUUUUCUGAACACAGAUUUUCAUAAGGUUUGGACAUUUUUAGGAAGCAGUGUCAAAUCUUCUGUAUUUAUAUGUUGUUAUAUGCAUUUCCAUGUCAAAGGUACUGAGACAAACCACACUCUAGGCUGUACAUACAUGAAGUUAUCAUUAUCCACUUUACAUUUCAGAACAAGUUAUUUCAUAAGCCGCUCUAGCAUUGAGAUCUCCUUGUGAAAAAUCCGGUCAUUGUAAGGAAAUGUCAAGUUGUUUCUGUUGCUUGCUCUUUUAUUUACCAGACAACAGUCGGUCCCUCUUAAGUCCACUUCAUAUUGAAGUGCUGUAGCUCUUGUUUGUUGUGCUUGUUUCAGGGUUUAAAUGUAGGAGCUGUUCUCUUUAUCAUAUCAUUUCAAAUAUGUUUUGUUUUUUGUUUUUUUUAAAUAAUCAGACGUAGGAGCUGUAUAAAGCAAGCUGGAUUAGAUUUGACAUUGGAUGGCAUCAGCUGAAAUGUAACCUUGCGUAACUGUACGGUGACUGGCUGCCCCAUUAGUGUGGUGAUGACCUGUGUUUGGUAUUUGAAUGACAAUCUUUAAAUUUUGUGUCAACUAAAGGUACAUGCAGUAAACGCUUAUCGACUUCUCAGCAGAUGAUUUCUAAGAAUAUGCUUCAGUGUGCAUCAUUGUUGUGAAACAAACAUAAUGUCACUGUGACCACUGAACUGAAAGGAGGAACAACAACUAAAAGUAAAAACCACACAUUUCCCAAACCUAA